GGUAUGAUGGAUGAAGAGGGUGAGCAGUUCGUAACGUAUUUUCUACCCACCAAAGAAACACUCGAUAAGAGAAUGUUGGAUUCGGGAGAUGACAAGGAAUUCGAUCCUGAUUAUACAUACGAAUAUUAUUCGGUACGAGAUUACAAUUGAUACGAAUAUUAUUCGGUACGAGAUUACAAUUGGUUAGUGCGUAACAAGUCAACGAAAGGCUAUGAGCAAGACAAUUUUCUGUUCUCGUUUCGAGAGUCGGGUGUGUUCUAUAACGAAUUGGAGACACGCGUUUCGCUGACGAGGCGGAAGGCAAAACGAUCCAGGGUUAGUUUUGAUUCUUUUGUUUGUUUUUUGGUGUUGAAUUGA